CACGCGAAAAACGCAGUCGCGUCUUCCUGCCCCGUCGUCUUCACCUCUCUCUCUCUCUGCAAAAGACAUGUCGAACGGCAAACCGGCGCUCCGCCGCGAGCCGCCGCCCCUCGCGGCCGCGGCCGCCUCCCUCGCCUCCCGGCACCACCUCAUCGACUCCCUCACCUCCCACAUCUCCCUCUACUCCUCCCGCUCCUCCUCCUCCUCCGCCGCCGCGAUCCCUAGCUCCUCCGCCCCGCGGUCCUCCAUCCUCAAGUGGCUCUCCUCCCUCGGCCCCCACCAGCGCCGCGCCCACCUCACCGUCGUCGACCCGGACCUCGUCCGGAUCCUGAUCCGGAUGCUCGGCCACCUCCGCACCCGCGGCGCCGGCUCCUUCAUCCUGCUGCCCGACCUCCCCGAGGGCGGCCUCCCGGGCCUCUGCUACAAGAGGUCCCGCGGCCUCCUGUCCCGCGUCGCCGCCGAGCCGGACGGGCCGGAGAGGUCCGUCUUCGACUCGGUGCUGCUUUUCAGCUCGAAGGAAGGGGAGGGCGCCGAGGGUUGCUCGGUCUCGGUGGAUUGUCUCGACUCCGUUACCGUUAGCGAAGGGUUCGUGGAGAGUGUGGAUUCGUUUGUGGAGACGAUGGAUAAGGUGUCGAAUGGAGGGUUUUUGAGGGGCGAAGAGAGCGAGUUGGGAGCAGAUUGGGUGGAAUUGGGUUGGUUGAAGGCGAAGGGAUAUUAUGCCCUGGAGGCUUUUGUGGCGAAUAGGUUGGAGGUGGCAUUGAGGCUGGCUUGGCUGAAUUGUCAAAGUGGUAAAAAGAGAGGGGUGAAGCUCAAAGAGAAGUUGGCGAUGGCUGGUGUUGCGGCCAAUGUGUUUUGGAGGAAGAAGGGUUGUGUCGACUGGUGGUCGAAUUUGGAUGCGGAGGUGAGGCAAAAGGCGUUAACUUCAGUAUUGGGAAAGUCCGUGAAAGCCCUGACCCUGGAGAUUCUGACGGAGGUAAAAAGUGCCUCAAAAGACAGGCUGUGGGCUUUCUCUCUGGAACCACAUCCAUCACUGAAGUACAAUGAGAAUGUGUCUUUGCAAAGAGUGGCACCAGAACGUGCAUCUGAUGUAGAGUUUGGUUCAAUGGUUAUGCAUAACUCUAUUUGCCAGGGACAUUCUUUUUUCGCCAAUGUCUUCAAUCGUUUGCUUGUACUUCGAGAUGCCAUUACAUUAAAAUCGUGUCUGGAAAGUGACUUUGAUGUACGGAAAGUAUUUUUUAGCUCCCUGAACACUGUUGGUACUAUUUCUGAUUGUAUACUAGCAAAACUGCGGGGAUUUCUUGCGAUUAUAUAUCUUGAGUGCACAAAACUUGAGCUUCUAGGAGAAGAAAGUUGUAAUUUAUUGCCUAAUAAGUCCAAGGAAAAGCAUGGUGCAUCAGGUUAUAAAAAGAAAGGGAGGCCCGGUAAUUUAAAGAGGCCGAAUUCUACUGGUACUCCCAAAAAGGAUCAUUGUCUGACUGAAAAAUCUUGCAAGGCUCAUAAUUUGUCAUCCCCCAAUACUUUGAAGUCAGCAAGCAAGAUGCAUGUGGUUCGUCAGGGGAAUGAGUGUCAGUUGGAGAGGUCAUCCUUGAUAGUCGAAAUGGAAUCUGCCAAAGGAAUUGUUGCUGGAAAAAUCCAGACAUCUGCUCGGAGGAACAAGAAAGCAAAACGUAAAAACAGAAAUUCUGUCCUAGAAAUUUCGAAGGAACAUAUAAAUAAUGAGAGGUCUUCCACCGGUGCUUCCUCUAUCUCUAAUACCUCUCAAGACAAGGCUUCAAAGUUGCUCGAGGGCACCAAGAAUUCAACUACCUCCGAUUGUGCAAAUCAUGAUUUUAGCAGAGAGUACAUCCUUGGUUCAGAUUCAUGUUCUUGCAGUUCUACAUGUGGACCUUGUGGAGUAGAGGGGCAGGCCUCCAAAAGAGAUAAAGAAGACUCCUCUAUUGGUUCUACAGUUGAUUUGGGUUUUGGCAGUUUGGAGUGUUCAGAGACUUCGAAUACUGCUGUUGAAAAUCCUGUUUUUUCUUCUGUAUCAGAAACACUAAAUGACAAAUUAAGUUGUAAAAAUAUACCUCUCAAUUGUUUCCCUAAAGAGACCGAUUGUGUCCCAGUCAAUGGAGAAACUGCCAUUCAGAAAUCUGUCAGCAUAACUCAAGCUGAUGUGAAAUCUGCAGUUUCCAAGAAGCAAAGCACCGUCUGUGAUUUGAAAGAGGACUCCAUGAGGGAGUGGAGGAAAGGAGAUUCCAAUCAACCUGUACAUAUUUCUUCUUUGGAGUGGCUUUCACAUGAGUGGCCCAAUGUAUCUAGCACUUACAUUCCAUCAGCUAACUCUCAUCUCCCAACUGCCACUGAUAGAUUACAUCUUGAUGCUGGUCAUAAUUGGCACAAUCACUUCCACCAACCUUUUUUAUCAGUGGUACAUCAGACAAGGAAUCCUCCAAUUGAAAGUGGGUGUAAACAGAUGCUAACACGACCAGUACCCAUGAGUUCAGAUUGGCCCCCAGUGGUACGAAAUGCUUGUGGAGUAGCAGCGUCAUUGACCUGUGGUUAUGACACCGGAUUCCUCUCAAGACGUCAUUCUACUUUCCAUCAGGGUCUCACUACUAACAGUGGGCAGUAUAAUUCAAUGGCAAACAACAAUGAAAAGAAGUACUCUGCUGAUUUUGUGGACAUACCUGAUUUGUUAAAUACACAGGAACUCGUUGAUGAGUGUGACAGCCACUGGAUAUCAGAAGAAGAAUUUGAGGUUCAUGGAGUGUCAGGGUUGGAUUAUAAUCAGUACUUUGGUGGAGGUGUGAUGUACUGGAAUCCUUCUGAUCAUCCUGGGACUGGUUUCUCACGGCCUCCAUCCCUCAGUUCUGAUGACAGCUUCUGGACUUGGCAGGAAGCAGAGAUGAAUCGGACAGUUGAUGAUAUGGUUGCAUUCUCUUCUUCAUACAGUACAAAUGGUUUGGCUUCACCUACUGCUGCUUCAUUUUGUUCUCCAUUUGAUCCUCUAGUUACGGGACAUCAGGCUCUUGGGUAUGUCGUGUCAGGGAAUGAUGUACCUGGUCAGACGCUGCAUUCUUCAUCACCAAUUACGGACAAAAAAGGCGAGGAUGAGGCUUCUGGAUCUUCAGCCAGGUUGCCAGGUGAUCUGGAGGGAAAGACUGGGGACCCACUUCCCUAUCCUGGUUUAAGACCAAUUAUAAUUCCUAAUAUGUCAAGGGAAAGACCAAUCAAGCGAGGUCAUGAUCUCAGAAGUCCUCGUGUUCCUCCAAGUAGGCGGGAACAGCCUCGUAUAAAACGGCCACCAUCGCCUGUUGUUCUUUGUGUACCAAGGGCACCGCGUCCGCCUCCACCAUCACCUGUGGGAGAAUCCAGAAAACACAGGGGCUUUCCAACUGUUAGAUCUGGUAGUUCUAGUCCAAGGCACUGGGGUAUGAGAGGCUGGUAUAAUGAUAUUGGGAACUUGGAGGACAGUUCUCUGCACAUUGAUGGCACUGAAGUUGUUAUGCCAUCUUGGAGAAAUAACAAUAUUUCAGCUCAUCCAGUCAUCCAGCCUCUACCUGGACGUUUGCUGCAAGACCAUCUUAUAGCAAUAUCCCAUCUAGCUUGUGAUCAGGAACACCCAGAUGUCGCCUUCCCUCUGGAACCACCAGAAGCAGACAAUCGACCUUCUCGGACAGCAUCUCUUUCUUUGAUGCAUAGCCUUCUUCACGAUGAAAUUGACUCAUUCUGCAAACAGGUUGCUGCAGAGAAUUUAUACAGGAAGCCUUAUAUCAAUUGGGCUAUUAAGCGUGUCACGCGGUCCCUCCAGGUUCUUUGGCCCAGGUCACGGGCUAGUAUCUUUGGUUCAAAUGCAACAGGAUUGUCGCUUCCCUCAAGUGAUGUGGACCUUGUUGUCUGCCUUCCCCCUGUUAGGAACCUGGAACCGAUAAAAGAAGCUGGGAUCUUGGAGGGGCGUAAUGGUAUCAAGGAGACAUGCCUUCAGCAUGCUGCUAGGUAUCUUGCCAAUCAGGACUGGGUUAAAAGUGAUUCCCUUAAAACUGUGGAAAAUACUGCUAUUCCUAUCAUAAUGCUAGUGGUGGAAGUUCCGCAAGAUCUGGUUUCAUCCAGUGCUUCUAGUGUACAAUCACCUAAAGAAGAACCAAGUCACAAUGGUCAAGAAUUAUCCAAUCUAGCACAAGCACAUUCAGAUGUGCAAGAAGAUUCUGCCCCACAAGUGUGCCCCCAGACAAACUAUAAUAACACUGAUAGUUCAAAAUCAGUUCGUCUCGACAUCAGCUUCGAGUCUGCUUCACACACAGGACUCCAGACAGCGGAGCUGGUAAAGGAGCUAACUGAACGAUUUCCAGCUGCCACACCUCUUGCUUUGGUGCUAAAACAAUUUCUGGCUGAUCGCAGCCUGGAUCAGUCUUAUUCUGGUGGUUUGAGCUCAUACUGUCUGGUGCUACUGAUUACACGUUUUCUUCAACACGAGCAUCAUCUUGGACGAUCAAUCAACCAGAACUUUGGAAGCCUGCUUAUGGAUUUUCUUUACUUUUUUGGGAAUGUGUUUGAUCCUCGUGAAAUGCGUGUGUCUGUCCGGGGAAGUGGUUUAUAUCUAAAGAGGGAAAGAGGUUCCAGCAUUGAUCCUAUUCACAUAGACGAUCCGCUUUUUCCUACAAACAAUGUUGGGAGAAACUGCUUCCGCAUACAUCAGUGCAUCAAGGCAUUUGCAGAAGCAUAUUCCGCUCUUAAGCAGGAACGAACUUGGAUCCAAAACAAUGGGGAUGCAUGUUCAAGGCCACCUUACAGGCUGCUUCCCAAAAUCAUUCCAAGCAUCGAUCCAUCAUGAGGUUUCUACAGUAUGAGAAUUCUCAUCUUUGAGUGGCAUUGGUCAACUGCUAUAGUACAAGCGCCAAAUGUAGUGGUUUCUAUUUGGCACAUUUGUGUGCAUGCUUGCAGAAGUUUUAAUGUCCCAGAUGGUCGGACUGUUAAAGUAGAAUAUGCAUGUCCACAGCCACACCUUGCCCGGGGCCCACAGAAUGUGGGACAAGGUGACAUUGCAGCUUUGGACGCUUAUGCCUGGGCACUACAAAGAAACCCUUCUAAAAGUUUUUAAUUGCUACAUAGACUUUGCCUAGGUGUUCUCUUGGGGUUUGAGAUAGCAGCAUUCCUGCAACUCCCAAUGUUGAUGACAACGAGAAAUUACAUGUUAGCAUUGCCAUCGAGAAGCAUGCUCACAGCAAAUCGGUAAGUGAAAAUCUGGGUGCUGCAAGGGGACCUUUCUGAAAGCUGUUGCUUGUGGCAUGAGUUUUUCUUGAGGCGCUUCAUCACACAGUGCAAAAGAGUUUUAUGACUCACGUUGUGUUGUGUUUGAAGUAUUUGCCAGAAUAUAUGUUGGCUCCCAAGUUACAGGGCAUAGCUGGAAAGCAAUAGCUGAAGGGCAGAAGCUGGAAGGCACUCUUAUGUAUGUGGUCUUAUGGGCAGGAUGGUGAGUUUCCCGUUGCAAUGACUGCUGCAUAGUCUCCUGAACUUGCUAUAUUCUCCAACUUGUUGACUGAUGAAAUAGCCCCAUCUAGCAAUUGAAAAGUCUAUUCCAUCAACAAGCAUGGGAUAUGGUGGAGACUACAAAUUCUUCCUUUCGACGUUAUCUAUCUUCUCAUGCAAAGCAGUGCUCCCACCAAGAUAUAUAUUAGCAUACUAAGGACCACAACUCAUUGAAAUAAUAUCUGUAAGUUGGCCCAUAAAAUCAAUUUGCUUAUGGUAGCCUAUAAUUGCAAUUAUGGCUUCGUGAUGUCAUAGAAGGUUUCUGGCUUCGUAAGUCAGCUCAUAAAAUCAAUCAGAGUGUACAUGUGGUGUUAGUAUUUUCUUUCUAUUAUUCUUGCUCUUUCAAUUAAGGUGCAAGAGGGAAAUUCCACUUUGCCUUCAUUCUUGUUUGUGUAGCUUCAGGAAGUGUUUACCUGACUGUUUAAAUGCAUUCUUUCUAGGUUGCAUUUGUUAAAUGAAGAAUGUCAUUGAUAUCGGAUUUUGGCUACUCUGCUCUUCACCAAUCAACUGCUCUCACUAGGAGUUACUUUUCAUGGACUGCAAAAUCAUGGUGAGAUCCCUAUGUUACAAGUGACAUUAGCAUGGCGCACAUCGUGAGACGGAGCUAGUGUGUGAAUGUGGUGUGUUUGGAUUGGAUGUUAUUGUGGUUCAUCAGAUGAGAUUCCAUUCCAGACUAUUCAAUGAAUGAAAUGCUUAAAUUUUCAUUUUAGGACCUAGUUUUUCAGUGCUACAAUUCAAAAUGUCUUAGACAUGCCAUUUAAAUUCUUUGCCUUUCCAUAGUCACUCAAGGAUAUUUCUUGGUGUAUUUCUUCCUGCAACUGCCUUCUGAGAUUAUUCUAAUCGUAGAAACCUUUAUUUGUAA